AUGACCACACAAAAACGACGAUGGUGGACUGAGAAAGAAGAUAGGAUUCUCCUCAAAGAAGCAGAAUCACAGCGUAUAGGAACAGAAGACAGAGUAAAUGACUGGAAUACAAUUGCUGCAAAGCUUCCAGGCCGUACGAACAAGGACUGUCGCAAACGGUGGCACAAGAUUAGUCCUAACAUCCGAAAGGGCGCAUGGACAGCAGUGGAAGAUGGCCGACUGCAGGAAGGAGCUAAUUUAUUUGGCUUGAAAUGGACCCAAGUCUCAGAGAUAGUUCGAACUCGAAAUGCAGACCAAUGCUCCAAACGAUGGCGAUAUGCCCUCAAUCCAGACGUGAGCCACAGCCCUUGGACUGAGGAGCAGGAUGGCGCCCUUCUCCGUCUUGUUGCGGAGUAUGGUCACAACUGGAGUAAAAUUUCGACCACUACGUUUCGAGAUCGAUCGACGGUUGAUAUCAAGAACAGAUACUUUCUCUUACAACGCAGACAGCGCGGCAGCACAGCAAACAGCACUCAAGACCCCUCUACGAUUGAUGAUGACAGCCUAUCUGAAAUCAGCUGGGCAGACCCUGUGCCCCAGCAGGAGCAGCAAGAUACAGCCCUAAGCGGACCAGUGAAGUCGGCCUCAGAUCGGACGGCGACGGCGAUGAUUGACUAUCAGAUUCCGAGAAGCACCGACCUGCAGGGGGAUUAUGCAGACCUCAGCAAGGACUUUUUAGUUCCAUAUGAAGAUACAAUGCCAGUGCAUACCUCUGAUGCGGACUGCCUGCAAUUUCUCCAGAAUCUCGACCCAGCCCUGGUGGCUGACGAAUUUUCGCAAGCUCUAGACGCAAAUACAAGUGACGAGUUGCACCGAACUGAACCGGCGAUGGCCCCGUCGACGGCCGAAUCUCACAGUGGUUCUCGUCUCAGUACACUAACUCUGGAGGGAUUGGAGCUGGACACGGUGAACCUUGUGAUAAACACGUUGCUGACUAACAAUUCUCGGUUUCGGAUGCGACUUGAUAAUAACUAG